AUGGAGCCUGAAACUAACAAAGGUAAAGCUCUUUCCAAAGAUGAGACGAAGGGCCUUCUCUCAUUAAUUGAGGGAAGUAAAAUUAUAAAUAAUAAGAAGAUGAACGCCGCCAGCAACAGAUUAAAGCUUCAAGAAUGGGAACGAAUCGCCAUCGCCUUUAAUGCCUCGAUGGGAACCUGUCCCCGUACGCCUCAACAAUUGCGUUUAAAAUGGGAAAAUUUAAAGAAGAACUCACGAAAGCGUACUACUCAAUUACGAAUGGAACGGAUCAAGACGGGUGGCGGACCUCCAGAAUACUUUGCAUCCGAUGAAAUCCUGGAUCGAGUAGCUAGGUUGCUUGGUUGCACUGGAGAGGGACUGAAAGCAAUCUCUGGUGGUGAUGUAACCCAUGAAAAUAUUGGUGAUGAGGUUGCUGUUGGUGAUGGGGUUGCUGUUGGUGAUGGGGUUGAUGUUGGUGAUGGGGUCGCUGUUGGUGAUGGGGUUGCUGUUGGUGAUGGGGUUGCUGUUGGUGGUGAAGUCAGUGUUGGUGAGGGGGUUGGUGUGAAUGGAAGUGUUAGUGGAAGAUUAACAAAAUAUGCUGACAAUGGGGCACGGAUGGAGCAACCAGCACUGGGAUCUACAGUAUCGGUCGUCUCAUCAACACCUUUUCCCGCAUCUACGGCUGCCAUGGAAGACCCAAGGAUGAACAAAUCAAGGGUUGAAAAACUGAAGCGACGUAUUAUUCGGGCGGUUGCGGGUAAACUUAGCCAAAACCCGGAUGAACAAGAAAUUAAUAAUAUGUGGGAGGCGAUGAAAACGGCUUGCAAGUGUGAUUGUAAAUUGCUGUGGAAACAUAUGCGAGCGGUUACAGUGAAAAAGCUGAAACGUCUGAUCUCAGCUGACGACAGAGUUGUAGAAAUAACGGACAUAGCAAGGCUUACAAUAACUGAUUGGUUGUUGUAUGACCUCGUACUGGCACACGAGAACAUUGAUGUUAUUGGACAGGAUAUAUGGGAGAAAACUGGCGAAGAGCCGGAGCCACUGAUAGAAUUAUUCUUCCUCGUCGAUGAAUAUCACAUUGAGGAACUCGAAGGGACCGAAUUGAUUGAAGCUUGGCUUAAUCUGACUCGAGAAUAUAAUGGAAGUGGCCGCAAAUGUUCGCCAAUGUUGCUCCAACGCCGCUGGUAUCAAUUGAAACAAGCAACGAGGAAAGCCUUUUACCUAUUCUGGGGUAAUUUUCGUGGAAGUGCAGUCCAUUUUCAGAGAGCUGUCAAAUACAAACCGACUGCCCUUCAAGUGGAUAUUGCGAGAAAGUAUAGAAGCCUUAUACUGACGAGUUUUCCAGAUUGGAACGAAUUGAUAAAUAAGAAAAAGGUCAUAUUGGCACACGAGUUUGAUAAUUACAUCACUUUGUUGAGGCAGAAUAAAAAUAAAGAUGAAGGACCAGAUCUAGAACUUAUAGAGCAAAAAAUUGAUACCAUCGACCUGGAAGAUGACUCCGAUACUGAGAAAUCCAAUGACGUCGCUACUCCAACACAAGUGUCUGCUAACAGAACGAUAAAAUGUGAUACUGGAAAUAUUUAUUUAACCGAUGUGGAUGAUAAGGAUAUACAUUUUCUUAAAGAAAUGAAUAUUCCAUGUGAAACACCGUUUGCUAACUACGAUGACGCUAAUUUAGUUAUAGAUUGUGGGGAAGUAUUUUCAAAUACAGAAUCCCGGGAUGCUAACGAUAGCUGCCAAGAUCAAGCCAUGGAAGUGGGAUCUGAUUCACAUCAUUCUUUAGAUGAUAAUGAUAUUAACCUUAAAAUGUCGGCAAUGGUGGAGAGCAAUAAAGAGAACGAUAACAAUGAGCUUGAUGCUCUCCAUAGGGAUGAUAGUAAUUUUCAUGUAAACGUUGGCAGCGAAGAUUCUAAUGCUGUCUACGGAGAGUCUACUAUUACCUGUGAUGAUUCUUCCGAUGGCGAUAUAGCUGAAAUUACGGAUAUAUUCAAUCCCUCUCAAAUAAAGAUAGAAACUCCGUUCUUUUCUGACACUGAUGUUGCUCAGACUAGAAGCGUAAAAAAUGUAAUAGAAAGAAGUGUAGGAAACGACAAAUUUGAAGAAGACCAAGAAAAUGUUGAGACCGCCUGCGAAGAGAGUAUUUUACAAUUGAAUGAUAUAAAUGAAAGGAAGGAAACAUUUCAUAUUCUUCCCAAGAUUCAAAGUGUUACAAGCAUCAACAGUGAUUUUUCUUCAACUAAAGACACAUACAAAAAUAUUUUGGCACAAAAAGCUACAGAAUUAGAUCUAAGCCGUUCUGAAUCAUCUAAUAAACAUUUCUCAAAUGAUUUAGUUAUUAAAGAAUUAACCAAAAGCAUUGAAGAAAGCACAGUGAAAGACAUAGAACUUUUGGGAAAUUUUGACGAGAUUCCUAAGGAUCUGCUAUUUGUAGACGAUGGUAUCGCUUUAGACGACGAAAACGAGGUUGCAGUUAAUGUUGAAGAAAAAUCCGCUAGUGAAAAACUCUCCAGUGAAGAUAAAAUGCCUAAAAUUGACAUAAAACUACUUUUGUUUUCUACGGUUUAUACGAAAAAGUUAGAUCAUAUGGAUGUUUUUAGAUUUAUAGAGUUUGAUAAUAUACGAGAUAAACGAAUAAUUAAAUGUGCUGAGAUUGAAAGCAAACCUAAAGAUUGGCUUGCUUACAAUUUAGAAGAUAUUUCAAAGAAUGAAGAACAAACUGUUAAAAUAGACAUCGAUUCUAGUGAUUUAGAAGAUAAUCUUUUAAGCGUAGUUCCUAACUCUAACGCUAAGGAAGUAAAUAUUAUGAAAACAGAAUAUCCUUUAAACGAAGAUACAAACAAUGAUGAAGAUACAAGUCCAAUAAAUUAUUCAGAACAUAAUUCCAACCAGAAUGAAAUAUCUAGCGAUGAAGAUGACGAGCCUUUACUUUUAAUUAAAAACCGAGUCGAUAUUCAGAAUAAUAUCUUUAAAAAACCGCAUGUACAAAACUAUAAUCCAAUACAACUGUGCAAAAACCCAGAUUUUAAUACACGAUUGAAGCGAUUGACAGCAGGUUUUCUCAGUUACGAGAAAAAUCGUGAAUACUUGAAAAGGUGCCACCCUGUUACAAUUGACCUACAUAAGACAUUUGAAUUAAACAUCAUUGAUAACAUUAUGUAUUUAGACGAAAGCACGGUAAAUACCAAUAAACCGUCAAUCGAGACUCAAGGAAGUGACCUUAAAGAAGGCCAGCAUAAUACCAAUAACACUCGGGCGUCUAUCGAGGUCGAAGAUAGUAAAUCUUUUGAUGAAAAUAUAAGUCUCGAUACUAAAAAUCACAAUGCUGACAAGUCUUCGAGUGUUAUUACGUCCACUUCCACGCCUUGCGAAAGAAAUAAAGUUAUAAAUUUACCUGAUAUCAGUGAAAUUCGUCGUGUAAAUAAAAAUUUAGUCACGGCAGAAGUAGCACCUCUGCAAAUCGUAAUAAAUACACCAAGUGAAGGAAAAACUAUAAAUGAAAGUUCUUCUAAUCUUAAAAACGAAGAUAUCUGUACUGCAACAAGUACUGUGACUGUGACUGGUUCAAAUAUAGACAAACAGAUAUGUGAUAAUGUUAAUCCAAUUAUAGUAAAAGAAACUAAUGCAACCAACAAAGUUGCUUGUGUACGCGAUGAAGUUUAUAAAACUAAUGUAGAUAACAAAAAUGACAAAAAUGCUAAUAAACGAAAAAUUCAACAAAAAAAGCCUUACAAUUAUGCAAGAUACUAUUUACCUUGGAAUCGCCCUGCAAAUUUUGCAAAGGAAGAAGAAUGUCUUUUAGCUUCAGACACUGUAGACAAAAUGUUAGCACUAUUUAGUGGACAAGAAAUAAAAUCGCAUAGUAAAAAUAAAAAUACACAGGGGCUUAAAAGGAAACCUAGAUUAGAAGCGGUAAAAAAAAGUGAUGAAAAAUGUAAAAAAGAUCGGAAAGUACUUGAACGCACAAAAAUAAAUAAUACAGAUGAUAAUAGUAAUAACGACAAUAAUCUUCAAACAGGUUUAACCGAAGAUGGAUUAGCAGUACUUUCUAUCUCCCAGAAGAGAAAAAAGAAAGAGUUUUGUUGUUGGGCUCAGAAAAAAAUAAUGUACCCGAAUCUCAAACGAAAGCAUUCUUGUAAAAGACCUUUAUGUACAUGUUGUUGUAGAGACAAACUUUUGGAAAAAUAUAAAAAAGUGCUUGCGCAAUCAAAACCAAACAACCAACCAAACCAAACGGCGGCUUUGACGUUAUCUGAUGAAGAAGUACCAAACCAAACAGCGGCCAUCACAUUAUCUGAUGAAGAAGUACCAAACCAAACGGCGAAUUUUACAUUAUCUGAUGAAGAAGUACCCUACCAACCGAACCAGAAAAGAAAAUUUGUUGUUAAUGUACCAACAGCAGCUAAAAGUCCGCCAAAGCAAACAAUAAAUUCAGUUCCUUCAAUCGUUAUCGAUGGUAAUACAAAUAAAAUAAACGUACCCAAAUUUAUAGUGAGACAUCAAACACCAAAAGUAAUAGAAAAGGUUGCAAAACUAUCAAAUAUAUCUAAGAUACCCACCAGUACACCAAAUACUAAUAUACAUUCUGUUGAAAGUAAUGACACAAAUACUCCAAUCCAUAAAAAUAGGCUAACGAUAAAAAGAAAUUUAACCAACACUGAAAACAUCCACACAUUAAGAAAGUCGAACAUAAAUGUACAACAAGGAUGUCAGGAUGUCUUGAAACCCAGAUCUAGAAUAAAAUUCUGUAAAGCAAUUUCACAGAAGAUGCAAACCGUAAGUGCACGGUUAAAUAAUGCACCAACGAAUACUGUAACAUUAAAUGUAAAGAAGGGAGCCCAAUCUUCAGCAUCGCCUAUAUUCUUAGGGCAAAAUAAAAUUUUACUGAGUACUGUUAGAGGCCCGAUGGCAAAGCCAAUUCCAAUAGACACUCCUAAAAUAAUAUUACCUCAAGGUGUUUGUUUUGUUUUGUUACCUAAUAAUGAAUUAGUGUUAUCAAUUGCAUCUGGUGUUGACCUAGCAACCGAAGAAUUACGACAUCUCGAAUUUGUGAUACAAGCAUUGCAAAGGGUUUUAGGAAAACCUAAAACUCGUGAAAAUCCUGUAAGUGAUUGUGCAAAAGAGGACAUGGACAAUAAAGAAGCUACUGAUAAGAAUAACCAUAAUAUUUUUUCAAAAAAUGAAGAAGACACUGGAAUCAAUUUAUCUGUAAACGAGGACUCUAAAAAAACGUUGACUGCUAAUGAAAAAGUUCAAAAUAUCGAUUCGGCAGUAAGUAAUAUUGACUUAGAAUUAAGUAAAGAGAGCGUUGAUACCGAAAACCCAAGCAUAGAUACAAACCGUAAAACAAUUUUAUCUGAUUUAAUGGAAAUGUCUGGCAUAUCACCAGAAGACGCUAAAUUACCCGAACCUUCCAUUCUACCUGUAGAACCAAACAUUCCUUGUGAUAAUGAAAUGGGUACUUCCGAAAUGCAUCCUGAUCUACUCCACUUAUUUAACAACCCUAUUGCUGUUGCAGCUUUAGCCAGACGACCAGAUCUAAGUAUAUUAACAACAUAUAGUGAUUUACGAUACGCUUCUGAUAAUAAUGGAAAAUUUUUCAAAAUGGAUGUUUGUACAGGUGAGAUUGUUCCAAUAAAUGUGUUUAUCAAAAAAAAGGAUCAACUUAUUAAUAAAAGGAAGGCAAAUCCUGUAGAAAACCAAGAACCAAUUGAUUUAACAUCUGAUAAAGAUAGUUGCAAUGAAUCUGAUGAUGAUACUUUAGUUACAAGCAUUAUGAUUCCUGCUGCAAAAAAUAACAAAGGUGUAGAUGGCAUAAAACCUUUAAAAUUAUUCAGAGCUAUGAAUUCAUCUCUUCUAAAACAGAAUGACACAGUGCUGGACACGAAUAUGAAGGUUUACUCUGGCCCUAUGAUGAUAGGAAAUAGUGUAUUAAAGGUCGUCAAUUUGGGCAGACGAAAGCAAAACCUAAAUCGGGGUAUAAAAGUAGACAUGAACAAUGUACCAGGUGAUCCAAAGGACAGUAACCAAGGUGUAGCUGCAACUAUAAACUUGGAUGAAUCCGGUUCUGAUUCUGAUGAUGAACCUCUAGCUAAAAAAGCAAAUCGUAAUCGUGAGGAAGAUCUAAAUUACGCUAUUAACAGUGAAGCAACAAACAAUGAUGUUAAAGGUUGUGAAAUGCCCAUGGGUGCAGAUUUAGAUUACGCUUCAGUGGUGUAUGAAGAAAUUGAAAAUGAAUUUGAAUCUAUUGAAGAGGCUGGAGAAGAUUGUAUUUUAGGAGUAUGA